CUCCAGCAAGACCGUUACCCGGCAUAAACCGUUCACCGUUGUUGUUGUUCUUCUUGAUUAUCUGAACUCUGACGAAACGUUACACAGAGUGAACAUGACAUUAUUUUCUCAUCAACUUUUCAUCCUCCUAUGGAUUGUUGUCACAGUGUUAUCUGUUUCUGUAGGGGCAGAUUUCAACACCUCAACUCCUGGCACACAUGGCAGCCCUGGGCCCACAGAUACAUCCAUGACUCCAGGAGAUAGAUCCACCACCCUCUUAUCCACAAAGACCCCAGUCUCCACUGAACCCAGCUCCACCACCACAGACAGAGCCACCACCACCAUCCAGGACCCCUCAACUGUCCUCACUAGCACUGAGGGCACCUCACCCACAACAGCAGCCAUCUCUAAAACUGAAGAGGUCUCUACUACAACAGACCGGACCUCAACUUCUGAUACGACAGAGUCUACACAAGCAGUCAGCACCACUGCGACAGAAACCAGAACUAUCUCAUCAGUCAGCAUAGCAGAGAUUACUUCCUCCCACAAGACCACAGCGUACACUGUCACUUCCCCUGAGUCGACGGAAAAAGACAGUCCAUCUACAGACAGCGGCACGACAACACCCACCACCACACCUGGCCUUAGCAGAGGUGUCUCUCUGUCUACCACGGAAUAUACCGGAACCUCCUCUGUCACCACUGAGACAGGCCGUACCUCAGCUGAUGUCCCCACAGAGUCAAACACAACUCCAGACAUUGUCCCAACCAGCAGCACCAAAGAGCCAGGCACACAUGAAACAACAGCUUUCAAUACAGCUAUCACAGAUACAGGUACCAAAGACAGUGAGACCACAGGUACAGGGAUCACAAAGACCACCAUCCCACCAACUGAUCAGACUUCUCUCCCAGUAACAGAGGGUAGUACCGUGUCUUCUACACCCUCCGCUGCCACUACAAAGGGCCCUGAGACCUCUCUCCCAGUAUUCCAUAGUACCUUGCCCUCUUCCUCGACCACCGCCAAUACAGAGGGCUCCCAGGUCCCCACUACAAAGGGUAAUGUGACCUCUCUCCCAGUAUUCCAUAGUACCUUGCCCUCUUCCUCGAUCACCGCCAAUACAGAGGGCUCCCAGGUCCCCACAACAAAGGGCCCUGAGACCUCUCUCCCAGUAUUCCAUAGUACCUUUCCCUCUUCCUCGACCACUGCCAAUACAGAGGGCUCCCAGGUCCCCACAACAAAGGGCAUUGUGACCUCUCUCCCAGUAUCACAUAGUACCUUGCCCUCUUCCUCAACCACCGCCAAUACAGAGGGCUCCCAGGUCUCCACUACAAAGGGCAAUGUGACCUCUCUCCCAGCAUUCCAUAGUACCUUGCCCUCUUCCUCGACCACCGCCAAUACAGAGGGCUCCCAGGUCCCCACUACAAAGGGCCCUGAGACCUCUCUCCCAGUAUUCCAUAGUACCUUGCCCUCUUCCUCGACCACUGCCAAUACAGAGGAAUCCCAGGUCCCCACUACAAAGGGCAAUGUGACCUCUCUCCCAGUAUCACAUAGUACCUUGCCCUCUUCCUCGACCACUGCCAAUACAGAGGGCUCCCAGGUCCCCACUACAAAGGGCAAUGUGACCUCUCUCCCAGUAUCACAUAGUACCUUUCCCUCUUCCUCGACCACUGACAAUACAGAGGGCUCCCAGGUCCCCACUACAAAGGGCAAUGUGACCUCUCUCCCAGUAUCACAUAGUACCUUGCCCUCUUCCUCGACCACUGCCAAUACAGAGGGCUCCCAGGUCCCCACUACAAAGGGCAAUGUGACCUCUCUCCCAGUAUCACAUAGUACCUUGCCCUCUUCCUCGACCACUGCCAAUACAGAGGGCUCCCAGGUCCCCACUACAAAGGGCAAUGUGACCUCUCUCCCAGUAUCACAUAGUACCUUGCCCUCUUCCUCGACCACCGCCAAUACAGAGGGCUCCCAGGUCCCCACUACAAAGGGCAAUGUGACCUCUCUCCCAGUAUCACAUAGUACCUUGCCCUCUUCCUCGACCACCGCCAAUACAGAGGGCUCCCAGGUCCCCACUACAAAGGGCAAUGUGACCUCUCUCCCAGUAUCACAUAGUACCUUGCCCUCUUCCUCAACCAGCAUCAAUACAGAGGGCUCCCAUGUCCCCACUACAAAGGGCAAUGUUACCUCUGUCCCAGUAUCACAUAGUACCUUGCCCUCUUCCUCGACCACUGCCAAUACAGAGGGCUCCCAUGUCCCCACUACAAAGGGCAAUGUUACCUCUCUCCCAGUAUCACAUAGUACCUUUCCCUCUUCCUCGACUACUGCCAAUACAGAGGGCUCCCAGGUCCCCACUAUGAACGGCAAUGUGACCUCUCUCCCAGUAUCACAUAGUACCUUGCCCUCUUCCUCGACCACCGCCAAUACAGAGGGCUCCCAGGUCCCCACAACAAAGGGCCCUGAGACCUCUCUUCCAGUAUCACAUAGUACCUUUCCCUCUUCCUCGACCACCGCCAAUACUGAGGGCUCCCAUGUCCCCACUACAAAGGGCAAUGUGACCUCUCUCCCAGUAUCACAUAGUACCUUGCCCUCUUCCUCGACCACUGCCAAUACAGAGGGCUCCCAGGUCCCCACUACAAAGGGCAAUGUGACCUCUCUCCCAGUAUCACAUAGUACCUUGCCCUCUUCCUCAACCAGCAUCAAUACAGAGGGCUCCCAUGUCCCCACUACAAAGGGCAAUGUUACCUCUGUCCCAGUAUCACAUAGUACCUUGCCCUCUUCCUCGACCACUGCCAAUACAGAGGGCUCCCAUGUCCCCACUACAAAGGGCAAUGUUACCUCUCUCCCAGUAUCACAUAGUACCUUUCCCUCUUCCUCGACUACUGCCAAUACAGAGGGCUCCCAGGUCCCCACUAUGAACGGCAAUGUGACCUCUCUCCCAGUAUUCCAUAGUACCUUUCCCUCUUCCUCGACCACUGCCAAUACAGAGGGCUCCCAGGUCCCCACUACAAAGGUCAAUGUGACCUCUCUCCCAGUAUCACUUAGUACCUUUCCCUCUUCCUCGACCACUGCCAAUACAGAGGGCUCCCAGGUCCCCACUACAAAGGGCAAUGUGACCUCUCUCCCAGUAUCACAUAGUACCUUUCCCUCUUCCUCGACUACUGCCAAUACAGAGGGCUCCCAGGUCCCCACUAUGAACGGCAAUGUUACCUCUCUCCCAGUAUCACAUAGUACCUUUCCCUCUUCCUCGACUACUGCCAAUACAGAGGGCUCCCAGGUCCCCACUAUGAACGGCAAUGCGACCUCUCUCCCAGUAUCACAUAGUACCUUGCCCUCUUCCUCGACCACUGCCAAUACAGAGGGCUCCCAGGUCCCCACAACAAAGGGCCCUGAGACCUCUCUCCCAGUAUUCCAUAGUACCUUGCCCGCUUCCUCGACCACCGCCAAUACAGAGGGUUCCCAGGUCCCCACUACAAAGGGCAAUGUGACCUCUCUCCCAGCAUUCCAUAGUACCUUGCCCUCUUCCUCGACCACCGCCAAUACAGAGGAUUCCCAGGUCCCUACUACGAACGGCAAUGUUACUUCUCUCCCAGCUUUCCAUAGUACCUUGCCCGCUUCCUCAACCACCGCCAAUACAGAGGGUUCCCAGGUCCCCACUACGAACGGCAAUGUUACCUCUCUCCCAGUAUUCCAUAGUACCUUGCCCUCUUCCUCGACCACCGCCAAUACAGAGGGCUCCCAGGUCACCACAACAAAGGGCAAUGCUACAUCUCUCCCAGUAUCACAUAGUACCUUUCCCUCUUCCUCGACUACUGCCAAUACAGAGGGCUCCCAGGUCCCCACUAUGAACGGCAAUGUGACCUCUCUCCCAGUAUUCCAUAGUACCUUUCCCUCUUCCUCGACCACUGCCAAUACAGAGGGCUCCCAGGUCCCCACUACAAAGGUCAAUGUGACCUCUCUCCCAGUAUCACUUAGUACCUUUCCCUCUUCCUCGACCACUGCCAAUACAGAGGGCUCCCAGGUCCCCACUACAAAGGUCAAUGUGACCUCUCUCCCAGUAUUCCAUAGUACCUUGCCCUCUUCCUCGACCACCACCAAUUUAGAGGGCUCCCAGGUCCCCACAACAAAGGGCCCUGAGACCUCUCUCCCAGUAUUCCAUAGUACCUUUCCCUCUUCCUCGACCACCGCCAAUACAGAGGGUUCCCAGGUCCCUACUACGAACGGCAAUGUGACCUCUCUCCCAGCAUUCCAUAGUACCUUGCCCGCUUCCUCGACCACCGCCAAUACAGAGGGUUCCCAGGUCCCCACUACAAAGGGCAAUGUGACCUCUCUCCCAGUAUUCCAUAGUACCUUGCCCUCUUCCUCGACCACCGCCAAUACAGAAGUCUCCCAGGUCCCCACUACAAAGGGCAAUGUUACCUCUCUCCCAGUAUCACAUAGUACCUUUCCCUCUUCCUCGACUACUGCCAAUACAGAGGGCUCCCAGGUCCCCACUAUGAACGACAAUUUGACCUCUCUCCCAGUAUCAUUUAGUACCUUGCCUUCUUCCUCGACCACUGCCAAUACAGAGGGCUCCCAGGUCCCCACAACAAAGGGCCCUGAGACCUCUCUCCCAGUAUUCCAUAGUACCUUGCCCUCUUCCUCGACCACUGCCAAUACAGAGGGCUCCCAGGUCCCCACUACAAAGAGCAAUGUGACCUCUCUCCCAGUAUUCCAUAGUACCUUGCCCGCUUCCUCGACCACCGCCAAUACAGAGGGCUCCCAGGUCCCCACUACAAAGGGCAAUGUUACCUCUCUCCCAGCAUUCCAUAGUACCUUGCCCUCUUCCUCGACCACCGCCAAUACAGAGGAUUCCCAGGUCCCUACUACGAACGGCAAUGUUACCUCUCUCCCAGCAUUUCAUAGUACCUUGCCCGCUUCCUCAACCACCGCCAAUACAGAGGGUUCCCAGGUCCCCACUACGAACGGCAAUGUUACCUCUCUCCCAGUAUUCCAUAGUACCUUGCCCUCUUCCUCAACCACCGCCAAUACAGAGGGCUCCCAGGUUCCCACAACAAAGGGCAAUGUUACCUCUCUCCCAGUAUCACAUAGUACCUUUCCCUCUUCCUCGACUACUGCCAAUACAGAGGGCUCCCAGGUCCCCACUAUGAACGGCAAUGUGACCUCUCUCCCAGUAUCACAUAGUACCUUGCCCUCUUCCUCGACCACCGCCAAUACAGAGGGCUCCCAGGUCCCCACAACAAAGGGCCCUGAGACCUCUCUCCCAGUAUUCCAUAGUACCUUUCCCUCUUCCUCGACCACUGCCAAUACAGAGGGCUCCCAGGUCCCCACUACAAAGGGCAAUGUGACCUCUCUCCCAGUAUCACUUAGUACCUUGCCCUCUUCCUCGACCACCGCCAAUACAGAGGGCUCCCAGGUCCCCACUACAAAGGGCAAUGUUACCUCUCUCCCAGUAUCACAUAGUACCUUGCCCUCUUCCUCGACCAGCACCAAUACAGAGGGCUCCCAUGUCCCCACUACAAAGGGCAAUGUUACCUCUCUCCCAGUAUCACAUAGUACCUUGCCCUCUUCCUCGACCACUGCCAAUACAGAGGACUCCCAUGUCCCCACUACAAAGGGCAAUGUUACCUCUCUCCCAGUAUCACAUAGUACCUUUCCCUCUUCCUCGACUACUGCCAAUACAGAGGGCUCCCAGGUCCCCACUAUGAACGGCAAUGUGACCUCUCACCCAGUAUCACAUAGUACCUUGCCCUCUUCUUCGACCACCGCCAAUACAGAGGGCUCCCAGGUCCCCACAACAACGGGCCCUGAGACCUCUCUCCCAGUAUUCCAUAGUACCUUUCCCUCUUCCUCGACCACUGCCAAUACAGAGGGCUCCCAGGUCCCCACUACAAAGGGCAAUUACCUUGCCCUCUUCCUCGACUACCGCCAAUACAGAGGGCUCCCAGGUCGCCACAACAAUGGGCCCUGA